UCUACCUGGCAGCCAAACAGGUCCUGACGUGAGUUUGGGCGUCAUCCGUCGUCACCAACAUGGGCAAGGAAAAGACCCACAUCAACAUCGUGGUGGUGGGCCACGUGGACUCCGGCAAGUCCACCACCACCGGCCACCUCAUCUACAAGUGUGGCGGCAUCGACAAACGAACCAUCGACAAAUUUGAGAAGGAAUCGACGGAGAUGGGCAAGGGCUCUUUCAAGUACGCGUGGGUGCUGGACAAGCUGAAGGCCGAGCGUGAGCGUGGCAUCACCAUCGACAUCGCUCUGUGGAAGUUCGAGACCAACAGGUUCUACGUGACCAUCAUCGACGCCCCCGGCCAUCGUGACUUCAUCAAGAACAUGAUCACGGGCACGUCCCAGGCUGACUGCGCCGUGCUGAUCGUGGCAGCCGGUACGGGAGAGUUCGAGGCCGGCAUCUCCAAGAACGGGCAGACCCGCGAGCACGUGCUGCUGUGCUUCACGCUGGGAGUCAAGCAGCUCAUCGUGGCCGUCAACAAGAUGGACAGCACCGAGCCCAAGUACUCCGAGGCCAGGUUCAACGAGAUCAAGAAGGAACUCACCGCCUACGUCAAGAAGGUCGGCUACAACCCAACUAUCGUGCCCAUCCUGCCCAUCUCCGGCUUCAACGGCGACAACAUGCUCGAGAGGUCUGACAACAUGCCCUGGUGGACGAAGGCCAAGAUUGAGCGCAAGAGUGGCUCCUACGAGUUCACUACUCUCUUCGACGCCCUCGACAACAUCGAACCACCAAGCAGACCCGUCGACAAGCCCCUCCGCCUUCCCCUCCAGGACGUGUACAAGAUCGGCGGCAUCGGCACAGUGCCCGUGGGCCGCGUGGAGACUGGCAUCCUCAAACCCGGCAUGGUGGUCACCUUCGCCCCCACCGGCCCCACCACUGAGGUGAAGUCGGUCGAGAUGCACCACGAGGCGCUGACUGAAGCUGCUCCUGGAGACAAUGUUGGCUUCAACGUGAAGAAUGUAUCCGUUAAGGACCUGAAACGUGGCUUCGUUGCUUCUGACAACAAGAACGACCCCGCCAAGGAGGCUGCAGAUUUCACAUCCCAGGUAAUCGUGCUGAACCACCCCGGCCAGAUCCAGGCCGGCUACUCCCCCGUGCUGGACUGCCACACUGCUCACAUCGCUUGCAAGUUUGCUGAGCUUAUCCAGAAGAUCGACAGGCGUACCGGUAAGGAGAUCGAGGCCAACCCCAAGCACAUCAAGUCUGGCGACUCGUGUAUCAUCAAAAUGGUGCCGAGUAAGCCCAUGUGCGUGGAGACCUUCCAGCAGUACGCCCCUCUGGGCCGCUUCGCCGUGCGCGACAUGAAGCAGACGGUGGCCGUGGGCGUCAUCAAAGAUGUAACGAAAAAGGAAGGAAGUGGCAAGACUACGAAGGCCGCCGAGAAGGCCCUCAAGAAGAAGUAACUAUCUGAGGGCGGCCGUGCGGCCACAAUGGGCUCGCUGCUUGGCUCCCCCAACACCUGCAUCUGCCACAGAAAGGUUGUUAGGAGGAAAGAUCCCCACCUCUCCUAGGAGCGUCAUCGUCUACAAAUACUUCGUGCUAACCGUCGUGGCGUACGUAAUGCAAGUUAUUUAUAUUAAUCCAGUCAUCCUGCAACACCCCUCGUCUGUACUCCCCCGAUCCCCGCGCCCGCCCGGGACCCGCGGCGGCGCCGCCUGCGUCAUCUUCGGCCGUGGGUGCGCGCCGCCGCGGCCACACCGCCGGUGCUGUUCCCGCGCUAGCCUUCCCACACCCAGCCAUGGACUCGUUACAAGCACAAAUUAUUUACGUGUUGGGACCCUACAUCCACGCCCUUACUCGCCUCGUCCUGUUCCUUCCUUGCCGCGGGGUCGAAUUACGGACUCAAAGUGUGUGAUGUGAUCCAGACGGGAGUCUCAGUACCUAACGCAGUAGUGCCAAAACCCUGUGUUCAUAUGUUCCUUCAUUCUUUUCUGCUCAUAUACUUAUAUACUCACUUUUACUGUCACAUUAGACGACUUCCAAAUUUAAAUAAAGGCUUAUCUAUAGUAUAUAAUGCAUAUAAGAGAAAGAGAUUAGUGGCUAAGUGCAAAGAUAAAUUUAUAUAUGUAUAGAGAGAGAGAAUAUUCUUUUCUUAAUAUUGUAAUGAUACUCUAGAGAAUUUGUAAAAUUUUUCUCAGCUUCAUCGCUCAACUCUUAGUCUAAGGCAAAGAUAAAUUACUAUUAUUUUUUAUGUUGUUGGGGAGGUUUCCAAUGCACGGAACAAUUACAAUUUCUGUUCAGCCCGACGUUACAGUGACGACAGAAACAAAACAAAAGAAAAACUAUCCCAGACAAAUAAAGUCUUCAACGCAGCCUCAAAAAACAUGUAUUUCUUCUAGCAUUAUAACCGUGUAGACCAAAACUAUGAUGACCUGAAUAAUAUACCCACGCAUACACUGUUACACGUAUACUUACACCACGACCAGUAAUAAUGCUGAUGAUAAUAACGAUACUACUCCAAUAUCUCGUUGUUGUGCAUAGCCUACUCCAUAACGUACUUGUCUGCCCACUCCCACGCCUGACACCAUUUGUUAUUCUUUUUGCGCCUGACACCGUUCGUUCAUCUGUUGCCAGCUACGUCGUAUAUGUCCCUCACUCUCUAUGUGUGUGUAUUUACGAUAGUUCAGGAGGUUUUCGCCUAAUACUACGGUUGUUGCUGUCGUUUGUUUGCAAUGCACAUGUCGUGAAAACUGAGAAUUGAACCUUUAACAGUUUAUGCUUUUGUUUUGUUAGGGUUAUCGAGGUAAAGAUCGAGGUGACUUAUUUGUUAACAUGCCAGGAAUAUUUUCAUGAAGUAGCCCUUCCUCCGAUGCUGGGUUAUCCACUGUGCUUUGCCGUCUAGUUAUUAGAUGAUUACUGUCACAUAAUUAAAUACAUCCGCAUUCGUCCCUUAUAAGGAAAUAUGUCGGCAAAAGUCAUUACAGUUUUCAAUCGAUGACUUGAAUUUUAUUUUUUGUGCUUCAGUGACGUAAAACCUUGUAUUUGUAUGUGUUAUAUUACGGGUCGCGCAAAAUUCCAGAAAAGGUGCCGAUUGUUAAAGGUUCAGUUCACACACACACACACACACACACACACACACACACACACACACACACGUUGCUUCAUACAUGAUUUCCUUCAUUUAUUUCGUAAUUUUCCUCCUCUUUCCUCUACCGUGGAUGAAUCAUGGCAAAUACUUCUUAAUACAAAGCAAAGCACGCAAGCAAAUAGUAUAUUUUAUACUAAUGAAUCAAAGAUUCCUGAUAUUACGAUGAUAAAAACAAAAUUCGAAUGAAAAUUGUUACUAUGCUGCAAAAAUAUCUUAUUCACACACAAAAAAAUGUUUUUACAUGUAGACGUUGCUCGUGUAUUAUUAAAAACAAAUCAAAAAACCUAAUACAACUCAAGUGAAAAUUAACAGAAAGCUUCCUGCCCAUUCAUACAAGAUGACAUAAAGCUAUUGUCUUUAUCAAGAAAUCAAGUUUAGCAAUAACUUAAAAAAAAGUUAAUUUGCUAUCAACUUAAAAUUUCUUGUCGCCUGAAACAAAGUUCUAAACCAUAACAUCGAGGAGGUUCUGUAUUACCAUAUUUUAUGCAAUUAUGAAACUAUGUAAUACCAUUAUUUUCCUAAAACCUGAUGCAAACUACACUUUUAAAUCAUAAUAGUGGAGAUGUUAUAUGUUACAAUAAUCUAUGACGUUAUGCAGUUAUUUACCUGUAACCUGAUGCAAACUUCACAUUUCUAAACCCUAAAUUACCAUAAUCUAUGACGUUAUGCAGUUAUUUACCUGUAACCUGAUGCAAACUUCACAUUUCUCAACCCUAAAUUACCAUAAUCUAUGACGUUAUGCAGUUAUUUACCUGUAACCUGAUGCAAACUUCACAUUUCUUAACCCUAAAUUACCAUAAUCUAUGACGUUAUGCAGUUAUUUACCUGUAACCUGAUGCAAACUUCACAUUUCUCAACCCUAAAUUACCAUAAUCUAUGACGUUAUGCAGUUAUUUACCUGUAACCUGAUGCAAACUUCACAUUUCUCAACCCUAAAUUACCAUAAUCUAUGACGUUAUGCAGUUAUUUACCUGUAACCCGAUGCAAACUUCACAUUUCUUAACCCUAACAGUGGGGCAGUUAUACAUAUUAUUAUACCGUUAUUUGUGAAGCUAUGAAGACUUAUACAUUGCCAAACUUCAUAUUCCUCUACCACAGCAUUGAGGAAAUUACAUAUUACCAUUA